AACCUAUCCAUCAGAGACCGCACGCCGAAUUGCAUCCAUAACUACGAGUGUAUCACGAACUUUCUGCCACGAUGAUCAGAAAACAAGCGCGCGAAAGGCGCGAUUACCUCUACCGCCGGGCAUUAACUCUCCGCGAUGCUGAGCUGGCGUCGAAGCGAGCUGCGCUCAAAGAAUCCCUCGCAAGCGGGAAGCCGCUCUCAAAAGACGUUGCGGGAGACACAGCCCUACGACGAGACUACAAGUACGACGAGAGCAGGGCCGACCGGACCGUAGAAGAAGAGCUAGGCCUAGACGACGAGUAUGCGCAACUCUCUGGUGUUGUCGAUCCCAGAAUCCUGGUUACAACGAGUCGAGACCCCUCGAGCAGGCUAGGCACCUUCGCAAAGGAAAUCCGUUUAUUGCUUCCAACGUCAAUCCGCCUGAACCGCGGUAACAUGAUCCUGCCCAUUCUCGUGGAGAGCGCAAAGGCAGGAGGACUCAGCGACAUGGUCCUUUUACACGAGCACAGAGGCACGCCGACGGCCCUGACAGUAUCGCAUUUUCCGCACGGCCCCACCGCCAGCUUUUCCCUUCACAACGUCAUCCUGCGCGCAGACAUACCCAAUUCCUCGCGCGGCACAGUCUCGGAAAGCUACCCACACCUCAUUUUCGAAGGCUUCACCACAAAACUCGGCCAGCGCUGCGUCCAGAUCCUCAAACACCUGUUCCCACCCCGCGAAGCAAACGCAAAAGUGGGAAAUCGUGUUGUUACGUUCAAAAACAUCGAAGACACAAUCGAAGUCCGCCACCACGUCUUCGUCAAAACAGGAUACCAAUCUGUAGAGCUGGCGGAGGUGGGGCCGCGCAUGAGUAUGCGCUUGUUUGAAAUUAGGGCGGGCACCCUGGAUAACAAGGAGGGAGACGUCGAGUGGCAUCUCAAUCAGUACACGAGGACGGGUCGCAAGAAGGACUAUUUGUAGUGCUGUGCUGAGGGUAAGAAAAAAAAGGAGGGGGGGGUUGUCCCUUGUGCUGAGUUGUGUUUUGUCUGGAGAGGUUCAACUAUAUGGAUAUUGUGUUGAAGUUGCACAUGUGAGAUGAUAAGGACAUGAGCAGCAAAGAAAGUAGUGCGGCAUUAUCAGCGCAAAAAAAAGGGAAGUGGCAUGGAGGCUAGGAGUAUGGUGUUGGGCCGAAAUUCCGCGGUAUGAGGAUUUCUUUUCCCUUGAUAUCAUCUGCGCACAGUCCGAAACACACACACACACACACACACAUGAAGGUGCAUCAGGCCCAAAAAGCAUCAAGAUG